AUGGCUGCCAAUUUACGUGAACACAAGGACGAGUGAGAAACUCUUUCGUGCUCGUCUAUUAAAACUUUGUUCUACUUGUGAUAUCGUUGAUGGAAACAUAAAUUUUUUAGGUGUUCGUGUUAAAGUGCAUUAUAUUAUGAGUUAUUCGUGUUUUUGAUAUCGUGUUUGCAAUAAAGCAUCAAAAGACAUAAAAAAUGUUCAGUGUUCGAUUGUGAGAAUAUCUUGUGCAGUGAUAAUUAUUUUUGGAGUAAAAUAAUGACUAUUGGAUGAUAUUGGAGAAUUCACUUUCGCGAGGAUGGAGAAAGCGAAAGCGUACAUCAAGAGCAAGGGCGGCGGUGCGGCCAGCCCCGGCCCGCUCGUCAACGGCACCAGCGCACCCGCCUCGCCGGCUCCGUCGCCUGCCGCCGCCGUCCCCGCUGUGACCACCCCCACGGCUGCGCCGGCCCCGCGCGACUCAGACGAGCGCGUGUGCUUCGUGUGCGGCGGCACGGGCUUCAGCGACUACUUCACUGUCCGCGUGAAGCCGAGCGCACAGAGCUCGGAGCCGUACUUCCCGUUCCUGGGCGCGCACUGUCCGCCGGCCGGGUACCGCGAGGCUGAGGGCGCGGAAGGGAGCGGCGUGCGCGCUUGCUGCGUGUGCUACACGUUUCUGCGCCAGCAAUGGGAGCAGUACGAGCGCGAGGGAAAGCCGCACGCGCAGCGCUUCUACUGGAUGAAGCGCCUCGACAACAAGCCCUUCAUCGGUGCGGACAUGUCGUUCCAGGGCGAGUACGCGGCGCAGGUGCUAGGGCUGGGCGCCGAGGGCCCCGCUCGGGAAGACGCGCCUCCUGCGCCUACUCCCGCGCCCACCCCGCCCGCGCCGCGACCCGUCACCACCACCGCCGCUUCCGCCGCGCUCACCUCCGCCGCCUCACCUAAGGAUAACCAUACUGCCAAGUUCAACAAUGCGAGGUUCGCAGCAGGUGGCGGCGCGGCAGAAGGCGUAGAGGGUGUGCUGGACCUUCGAGCGCGGGAGCCUUCAGUCAUCUCGGUGGGGUCACAGCACUCCGUCAUCUCGGAACCGGCUGGCUAUCUGGAUGCUGUGAGGUCGACGGUGUCGGUGUACUCGGGCAACUCCAACUCCAGCUCGGACCGCGACAUCCUGGACCUAUCCAUGCCGGACAAGAACUGCAUGACGGAGGUGUGCUACGUGUGCGGCGACGAGUACCGCCGCGGCACGCUCGCUAACCUGCACACCAAGGAGCCCAAGGACAAGUGUACCAAACAGCCGUACUUCCCCAUCUUCGGCGAGCAACAUCCGCGGCCGCCUCGCUCGCGGCCCAAGGACGCGCAGGGCACGGUGCGAGCGUGCGCGGCCUGCCACCACCACCUCCUGCACCAGUGGAACGCCUACCAGAUGCGCGGCGUGGCGGGCGCCGAGCGCGUGUACACGCUGCGCACGCGGCCCGUGUCGCUGCUGCCGCCGUCGCCGCUGUCGCUGGCGUCGUCGGGCGACAAGUCGGGCGGCGCGGCGGCGGCGUGUCCGUCGCCGUCGCUGGAGCGGCCGCCGAGCCGCAGCACGGCGUCGUUCGUGUGCUACGUGUGCGGCGUGUCGGCGCCCUCGCCGCACCUGCGCCUGCUCUACUGCUGCCCCAACCCCGAGCGGGAGCCCUACUACCCCUUCAUCUACUCGCUCAAGCCGCACCCCGACGCCAGCCCCAUCAGCCCGCAGGGUAUGGUGCAGAUCUGCGCGCCGUGCUACAAGAGCAUCCCCCACAAGUACCCCGCCUACAGCGAGAACGGCGAUGCGGCCGUACAUAACGCGCACUCCAACAGUAACAUUAGGUUCAAACCGUACGACAUGAAGAGCUCCAGCGGCAGCCUGGCGACGAAGCGGCCGUCGAGCGCGCUGGCGAGCGUCCCGCACGCGGGGCCGGGCGACAACGGGCUGGGCCUGUACCGCUGCCACGUGUGCGCCGGCCUGUUCCCGCAGCAGGCCAUGGAGUGGCUGUCCACCAGCGCCGAGUACAUGAACUCGCACGCCAUGCACUUCCCGUGCCUGGCCGUGUGCGGCGCGGGCGGCGCGGCGCGCGGCGGCCGCGUGCUGGCGUGCGCGCGCUGCGUGCGCCAUCUGGCGCGCCAGUGGGAGAUGAUGGACGCCGAGCGCGUGCCGCUGGAGCACCGCAGGUACAACAUCCCGUCGCCGCUGCCGUCCAACUCGUCCAUGAACGGUGAGCGAGUGAUACCCACGCCGCCCUCCACCACCUCCGACAGAACCGUGGCCAGUAACAGCGCCUGCACGUCGAUAUACUGCUUCUUGUGCGGCCUGCACUCGGACUUCACGUUGGCGCGGAUACUCUUCGGGCAGCCGCAGGGCAAUGCGCCCUACUUCCCGUGUCUACUGACGCACCAGAGUCACCCCAACGCGGAGCAGCUGAGAGAGAACGGCUCGGCGCUCGUGUGCACCUUCUGCUAUCAUUCCCUGCUCAACCAGUGGAGGAGGUACGAGGAGACGAGUACGUACCCUGCGGAGCGGCGCGUGUACAACACUCACGACUACCACUGCCACCUGUGCGCCGUCAAGACGUACCGGAAACGGGUGCGCGCGCUGCCCAUCAAGGAGUUUCCGUUCCUGAGCCAGAGAAGAACUGAGAAUUCAUUAUUGUUAGAAAAUGGCGACUACGCCGUCGUGUGCUUAGAUUGUUACGAGAGUUUACGUACUCAGGCGCAGGACUACGAGCGGCGCGGUGUCCCGGUCGAGAAGCGCGAGUAUAACUGGCUGCAGCAGCCGCCGCCGCCCGAGGACAGCGCUGACGUCACCAUCGCGCGCCUGCCCUCCGGCGACCGCUCCGACAAGCUGAUCCCGCAGUCCCUGGUGGUAUCCCGUAGCUCCAGCAAGCGACACAGCCCCAAACACUUGGAGCGCCGAGCUGCCACGGCGACGGCGACGGCGAAGCUGGACCAAGGUGUGAGUGCAAGUAAGGUCGCCAAGCGAACAGACAUUCCGCCCAACAAGGGCGGGCCUUUCGCCGCGGCGCUACGAACGCUCGCCAAGAACGCUGGUCCAGACGUCAAAGACGGAGCGGCCGGGCCCGAGCGCGACGCGGCCAAGGACAAGCCCGCGCCCGCGCCGGCGCCGGCCAAGCGUGCGUCGCCGCAGCACCUGCCUGCCAGCGGCUUUCAGCCCUACCGACCAGAUGACAGACUGAGCCACCCCGCGGCCGCAUCGUUCCCGCUGCUGGAGCCGACCGCAUACUCGCCCUACGCGCAUCCUUCGCUGUACUCCAGCGCGGCGCUGCAGUACCGGCUCGCGGCGGAGGAGCAGAUGUACCUGGAGCGCGUGUUCCGCGGCGGCAUGGGCGUGGGCUGGCUGCCGCCCUACGCGCUCUACCCGCCGCUGGCGCCGCCGCUGCCGCUGGUGCACGCGCACCCGCACGCGCACGCGCACGCGCCCCCGCACCCGCACCCGCACCCGCACGACGAGCGGGAGAAGGAGCUCGCUCUGCAGCGCGAGCGGGAGCGGGAACGGGAAAGGGAGCAGAGAGAGAAGGAGCGCGCGCGGGACAAGGCGGGCGCCUACCGCGCGCUGCCGCUGUACCGGCCCUACCGGCCCUACGCCUACGAGCGGGACGACGAGCGCGGUGAGGACCGCGACCCGCAGCCCGCGCUAUGACGCGCGACCGGUCUGCGGCCGCGUGUACUAUUAUUAUUGAAUGUAAACGCGGUUCAUGUGCUUACCAAGCCUGCACAUUCCAUCAUGUGGACGGUCAAGUCAAAAAUGAAUUUGUUCUUCUUGUCGCUGGCAUAGUUAUUUAUAACUCCGGCAUUUACUAUACUUGAGUUUUGUUAAAAAUUACUAACAAUACUAAUUGUUGCGAAUGUUCAAAUACGGCAAUAAUUGCACGAAUUUUUAAAAGUAUUCUGUUUAAAUACCUAAAUAAUGUAUUUCUGAAUAAUGAAAUUUAUUAUGUAACAGUCGAGUAUAGUUUUUCAAUAUUGAACACGUGAAGCGGGCACGUGAUCGUCCCGUGCGGGCGCGGGGUCGGUCGGAUGUACUUUACAUAUAAUGAUAAUUGAUUGUCCUCCGAUGCGACACUAAAAUUAAGUAAUUGUGAUUAUAUUUAGAUAAUUGUUUUGCUAAAUACUUUCGUCAGGGCCAAAGUGUGACGAAAGUUUGCGAACACCGAAAAAAAAUAACCUAGGUUAUUUAUUAAUGCACCUCACGAUUAAUUUUAAUAAUGUACCUAUACUUAUAGACUAGUUUAUGUAAUGUACGCUUAUGUACGCUUGAUGUAAAAAUAAGUUCAAUUCAAAUUAUGCACUUGAUGCAUAAAUACAUUCGGCGUACUGCGGGAUUGAUGUCGAGUCGAGUGCAAUAUAAUAAGUUCCUACGUUAUUGAGCAGCAAAAUUGGAAAAAGUAUACGGCUGUGACGCUAGAUGGCGCCGUACCAAUAAUUGAAUGAUUAAAACGCGAGAACAGCAUCAAAAAUACACGAUAUUAAAAUAUUUCUACAUAAUUUUGUUCUAAGAAAAUUAUAUACAAUUUUUGGUAUAGGAAAUACUAAAAUUUUUUUUCUUUUAUGCUCCGGAAUUGGUAAAUUAUUACAUAUGUUGUGUUAUAAUUGAUAAACACAAUAGGACUGACGUCUAUUAUAUACGCUGAACAAACUUAUCUUAUGCAAAGUGAUUUCCUAUUUAUGCCUACUUAAAUUAUAUUUUUUAUUUUGAUAUUGAGUAGGUAUUACUCUGACCAAAAAAUCAGAAAUACUGUUAUGCCCAAACGGCGCAUCUUAACUGAAUCAAUUUAGAAAUGUUGUCAUUGCCUUUCUACAAGCAGCAUAUGCAGACGCAAUACAUGCGAAAUUAUAAGAAAACAUUUCUGUCAACUAGCUGCGAUGCGGCGGAGUUGUGAUCGCUUUGAAAUAUUCCGAAACCGAUCGCUAAAGCGUACGUUGUAAUAACUUCUAUCGAUAUCAAUAAACGGUUUUGCAUAUCUUUAAUACUUUAAUGUAACUAGAUAUAUAACUUAAAUUUUAUAAUGAGAAAUGCAAUCUUAAAUGAUCUGGCAAAGGAACAAACAACUUCAAUUCAAUCACUCUAUUUAUAUUUUAUUAUCUAUAUCGAAAUUAAAAUAAGAAAGAUUCUCACAUUUAUCAAUUAUAUUCAAAUUAUAUAUUCAAAGUUCAUAAUAACCUUUAUUUUACAGGGGGCUAUUAUUGAUUAUUAAAAUAAAUACAUUUGUAUAUAUUCUCUUAACUGCACAUUGAAGGAAAAGCUGGUAGUAAAUUACAAUUUCUCAUAAUAGUAAAUGUAAUUGUCGUGCCAAUAUAUUUCUGCGUUAUAUUUAUCGUUAAUUCAAUAAUAUUUUUCUCGUUAAUUCAAUAAUAUUUUCAGACAUCUGUUUCCAAUAAAAAUUCUUGUUCGAAGUGCUUUGGGAAGGAUAUUUCUAUUUUUAUAGGAAAUACAAAAAAAAAAAAUUAACAAAAAAAACCAAACGACUUCAAAAACACUAUUUCAAAAAAAUAAAUUUAAUAUGCACUAAAAAGUAUGAAAAUAAUUGCUUUUUUUUAUACAAUCUAAUUAAUUAAUCUAAUUCUAGUAACGAUUAUUGUUAUUGUUGGAACCUCUUCCUUUUUUGAAGUCGGUUAAAAACAAAGGUGUUUCGGGUCGCCUUGUAUUGCGUCUCUAUAUAUAUAAGGUACGCACUCGUAGUGGUCUGUUCAGCGUAGAAGGUAAUAGGCGUCAGUGACGUCAUUGACGACACCUAGCACUGCCGUGUGCUGACUGCUGAGCCGGUGUCAGCCGAGCACCACUCCGUUGACCUAGUCAUAGUAAUGUUGCGUGCAUAUCACAUAGGGGGCGCUGCGUUCGAUAGUGUACGACGUAUGCCUCAUUUAUUAGUUGCACUUCUAUAAUUAUUGAUCAUAUUUUAUAUCUAUUUAUUUAGUCGAGCUAUACUUUAUAUGUACAUCGGUACGCCGUGUGUUAUCCCGUGUCGAUCCCGCCAGCCAGUACCGCGCCGCAGCACGGAUGCAGUAUUUAAUAUUAACCUAGUUGUAAGCGAGUUGAAGUGCAACAAACCAUUUAUAGUAGCCGUUUGAAUAUUACAGCAACGAAGCGAUGUGUUUUUAAGUAUUGCGGCAACGGGAUCCAGUGCUAAAGAUAGGGCUGAGUGCAACAUAUUGUGUACUGUUGCGUUUGUUUUUAUAUAUUAUACUAUUUUGCUGUUCUUAUUUAAAUUUGUUCUUCGUUUACGAGAGCAAACUUGACCGAUUUAACCAAUAAAUAUUGUCUUAUAGGUGAGUUUGUAGUUAACUUAAUAUGUUGGUGAUUAUGAACUAUUUAUACACAUUGUUAACUUUAUAUUUUAUAAUCCAUUGUUUGUUUUAUAAUCUGUGCUGGUUUUUCAGUUGAAUAGUUUUUAGUGCUUAUGUAUUUGUAGUUAUUUUUUAUUUCAUUGCUGUAUCUCUCGUUGCCGCUAUCCUUACUGGAGGCGCGCGUUGCUGUGGUAAAGUUUGCCCGAACAAAGCAGGUGUAUUUAAAGUGGUGCACACCGCAUCCGCGAAUGUAUUGAUUGCCCUAUUAUAUUAUUGUAUGAUUGGUUACAUUUUUGUAUUUACGUUAUAUUAUGAAGUGAUCUCUUUUGUAAAAAAAGAUUUUUUUUAAAUAGAAAUUUUGUGCUAUUGUAGGUAUAUAUAAUGGUGAUAUCACUCUCAUGUCAAAACAAACUUCGUCGACCUUCGUCGCUUUUAUAUCGAAUUAAAACUAAAUUUAUUUCCACUGUUGUUAUCUUCCAGCGCUAAUUAUGUUCGCGUCUGGCUUUAACUAAUAUUUGGCCGUUAACGAUUGAUCGAACCUUUGAUUUUUUCUAUGGUGGAAAUAGGUUUAUAUAUUAUGUAUUGUAUUAUAUUUUAAUAAUAAAUCACUUAUACUAAGGAAUUGAUUUAACACAAAACUGCUUUGGAAAAAUAUCAUAAAGAAAAAUAUUUUGAAUUACACUUAGCUGUCUACGUCCCGCGUCCUAGUGACGGUCGACUAUAAUUGCCAUAAUCACCCAAAUUAAUGUCAAGAAAAUAUUUAAUAAUUUUAUAAGUUUUAUAAUUUGAGGUCGAGGUGACGGUGACGACGGCGGUGGGUGUUAUCGCGGCGCUGACACAUUGUACUUAGCACUGGGUUCAUUGUUUAUGUAGACUGGAUUGUAGAUAUAAUUUUAUAUUAACAUAAAUAAUUUAUUAAAAGUUUGAUAUUUUAAUGUAAUGCGAAAGUUGUUUACCGACAAAAGUCGGGUAGCGGUCAGCGUCGCGACGCAACUCCGUAGUGUGCACUUGACACAGAGAGAGAAAGAUAUGUUUGUCAGAAUGGUCAAUAAAAUAAUGAUUACGACCGUCGUAGAUACAGCAAUAAUAUAGAGUUACACAUGGCCUAGCCACCGUCUGUGGUAAUAGCUGAAUCUGUGUCGGUCUAAAUGCUUCAUGUCUCGUCGUGGAGUACGCACUGCGCAGACCGCCGUUCGUGUCAGUCGCGGCUCGAACACAUAGAUAGUAAUUAUUAUCAAUUGUAGCUUCUAAUAGGUGUUUAUAUGGUAAGAGAGCGCAGCAUUUACCCGUGUAUAUAUAGUUAGUUAUGUGGACAAUACGAUACGAUACCUAACAAGUCAAAUAUGAUUCUAUUGAAAUACAAUCACUCAAAUUAUCGUUG